AUGACUAAUGGUCUCCUUGAGGAUUUGAGCUCUGAGUCAGAAGCGGGCGAGGCUUUAGCUUUGCCCCGCCUCGCUGGGCCGUACCAUCCCAAACCUUCUCCUCGAGUCAGCGCGGCUUCCCCGCUGAGUCAGCCCGGGCGGGCGGCUCUCGGCUGGCCGGGAAGGCGCUGGGAAUUCUCGGCGGCGAGGGUGGGAGGAGGCGGGUCCCCUGCGAACGGAUACACAGCCCACGUCUCCAAGAAGCUGCGGCUCUGUCCCCGCCAUCACCAUCACCACACCCUCACCCCCUGCCGGGAGCUGGGCAUCGGCGCACUAGGGAAAGCGUACUGGUGCGUGGACGUGUUCCAGCGGGGCAGGGAGAUCCUGGCCAAUGACCUGGGCCACCGCACCACGCCCAGCUAUGUGGCUUCCAAGCUGCUGGUUGGCGACGCCGCCAAGAGCCAGUAGGCCCUGAACCCCCAAAACAAUGAGUUCGACGCCAAGCGCGGGAUUGAGCGCAAGUUCUCAGACGCGUCUGUUCAAUCCGACUUGAAGCACUGGGCCUUCCACGUGGUGAGCGAGGGCGACAAGUCCAAGGUCCGCGUGUCCUACCACAGGAAGGACAAGACGUUCCACCCCUAUGAGAUCUCCUCCAUGGUGCUGAAAAUGAAGGAGACAGCUGAGGAGUACCUGGGCCAGCCUGUGAGGCAUGCGAUGAUCACGAUGCCUGCCUACUUCAACGACUCGCAGCGCCAGGCUGUGAAGGACACAGGUGCCAUCGCAGGGCUCAGCAUACUAAGGUUCAUCAACUAGCCCACGGUGGUCGCCAUUGCCUAUGGGCUAGACUGGAGGGGUUCCACAACGUGCUCAUUUUUGAGCACGUCGGUACUCUGUAUCGACGCCGGUGUCUUUAAGGUGAAUGCCACUGCUGGAGACACCGACAUAAGAGGAGAGGUCUUUGACAACCGGAUGGUGAGCCACUUCAUGGAGGAGUUUCAGAGGAAGCACGGGAAAGAUGUGAGCGGGAAUAAGCAGACCCUCUGUGAGCGCGCCAAGUGCAGCUUGUCCUCCAGCACCCGCCUGAAAAUCGACUCCCUGUUCAAGGGUAUGGACUUCUACGCUACCAUCACUCGUGCCCACUGAGAACUGUGCUCAGACCUCUUCGGAAGCACCCUGGAGCUUGUGGAGGCCCUGAGGGAUGCCAUGCUGGACAAGGCCCAGAUCCAUGAUGGCUUCCGUGGAGGCUCCACCCACAUCCCUAAGGUACAGAAGCUGCUGCUGGACUUCUUCAACCGCAGGGAGCUGAACAAGAGCAUCAACCCUGAUGAGGCCGUGGCCUCUGGGGCUGCUGUAUAGGCCACGGUGUUGAUGGGGCAUGAGUGUGAUAAGGUGCCAGAUCUCCUGCUGCUGGCUGUGGCUCUCCUGCCCCUAGGGCUGGAGACAGCAGGUGAGAUGAUGACUAUGCUGAUCCAGAGGAAUGCCACUAUACCCACCAAGCAGACCCAGACCUUCAUCACUUACUGUGACAACCAACCUGGGGUCUUGAUCCAGGUGUAUGAAGAGGGCGAGAGGUCCGUGACCAGGGACAACAACAUGCUGGGGCACUUUGAACUCUGUGGCAUCCCUCCUGCCCCACGUGGAGUCCCUCAGAUUGAAGUGACGUUUGACAUUGAUGUUAAUGGCAUCUUGAGUGUGAUGGCCACUGACGGGAGCACUGGUAAGGCCAAAAAGAUGACUGUCACCAAUGACAAGGGCUAACUAAGCAAGGAGGAGGUGGAGAGGAUGUUUGGUGAGCCUGAAUGGUAUGAGGCUGAGAAUGAGGCCCAGAGGGACAGGGUGGCUGCCCAAAACUCACUGAAUGCCUGUGUCUUCCAUGUGAAGGACUCUUUGCAAGAGGAAAGCGUUAGGGACAAGAUUCCUGAAGAGGACAGGCACAAAGUGCAAGAAAGUGUCAGGAAGUCCUUCCAGUGGUCAGAGAAGGAGGAGUAUGAACAUCAGAAGAGGGAGCUGGAGAAAAUUUGUCGCCCCAUCUUCUCCAGGUUUUAUGGGGGGUCUGGUGUCCCUAGGGGCAGCAGUUGUGAGGCUCAAGUCUGCAAAGAAAACCCCAGUACUGGUCCCAUCAUUGAUUGGCUCCUCAUGAUAAGACACCUGUGACUGUAAGAGCUAUGCUUGUGGGCCUUCUAGACUUCUAUGAUCCUGCCCUGUAACUUCAGGGAUGGGGUCUUGGAGUCUUUUCCCCACAGCUAGAGUUUUAUAACUGAGGUCUUUGUCACUUGCCUUUUCUUUUUCUUUAAUUCUCUUCUUCCACUUUAAACAAGCAAUCAUUAAUUUAUUAAU